CAAUUUUGAUUUUUUUAAACCAAGAUCACCUUUGCUAACUCGAAUAAAACAUUUUAAAUCUUCAAAAAUGUCAGGCAUUUCUGUUCCUACUCUAAUGGCCUUCGCCUAACCUACUGUACUUGAGGGCUUUCCUUGACCCAUCCCUCUGAAUGUGUUAUCAUGCAGUGGAGUGAUCCCACACCAUUCACACAGAUACAUGAACAACCAUAGGCAGUGCUCUGUCACAGCCUGCUCAUUUGAAUAUUCUAUUCCUAUUGGCUGGGGCCACUGCGAGGCCUACUCCAAUUGGCUGCAUUUCAUUAACUCCAUACUCUUCUACUAUCAACUGGCCUUGGUGCAAAGGUUGGAAUACAGCAAAGAAAUGAACCAUGAACAAAUUCUACCUCACAUACGCUGAACCCUGACCAUACUAACGGAUGCAAUACAGGAAAAAGACUGCAGCAUGGAUCAAGUUCUAACAGUACCUGUGCUAAUCGGGAUAUCUAUAGUGGUGAUCACGGUCCUCUUCCUCCUCCUAAAACCAGGAGGCUCCAAUGGAGGCCGAAAGCAGAGCAAGUUUCCCAAAACCUUGCAGGAUCCCAAUGUGAAAUAUCCAUUGCCACUCACAGAAAAAGAGGAAAUCACUCAUGACACGAAAAAAUUCCGGUUUGGUCUUCCGUCCUCUUCUCACGUUCUUGGUCUCCCUAUUGGUCAGCAUGUUUACCUGUCUGCAAAGGUGAAUGGGAAUCUGGUUAUUCGUGCAUACACACCUGUGUCCAGCGAUGAGGACCAGGGAUACGUUGAUCUAGUUGUAAAGGUCUACUACAAAAAUACUCAUCCAAACUAUCCCGAUGGAGGCAAGAUGUCUCAGUACUUGAAUGAUAUGAAGAUUGGAGACACCAUUGACUUUAGGGGUCCAAAUGGAUUACUGGUAUACAAUGGAAAUGGGCAGUUUGCUAUUCGACCUGAUAAAAAAUCUGAACCCAAAGUGCGGAAGUUCAGACACGUGGGCAUGAUUGCUGGAGGAACAGGCAUCACUCCAAUGCUGCAGCUGAUCAGGAGUAUAACCGCAGAUCCUGCUGAUAACACCAAGUGCUCCCUUAUAUUUGCCAACCAGACUAAGAAGGACAUAUUGUUACGCAAAGAGCUGGAUGAAGUUCAUAGAAAUCACCCCGAUAAACUCAAUCUGUGCACACUGGACAAGCCCUCUGAAGGGUGGAAAUACAGCAAAGGGUUUGUUGAUGCUGACAUGAUAAAAGACCAUCUCCCGCCUCCGGCCAAUGAUGUGCUCAUCGUGAUGUGCGGUCCACCCCCCAUGAUCCAGUACGCGUGUCUGCCAAACCUCGACAAGCUGGGCUACAAAAUAGAGAAUACUUUUGCAUACUAAUCUCCUGCCAAUGAUAUUGCACAAACAAAUUCUCUGAUAAUUUGUAAAAGGUGGUUUACAUCUCGUUAAACAUGUCAAAUUGUUGCCAGAUGUAGGUUUAAAAAUAGAUUUUUGUUAAACCCAUUUGGUUUUGUUUGUGGUAAGUUAUCUCAGGAA